GUGUUUCGAGUCGACGCUUAGACAAGCCGAUGGACGAGGCCGACCUCCGCCUUCAGGAUCUCCUGAGUGGCAUCGACUUUGACCUCUCGGUUCCGGACGUCACCAUGUCGCCGGCGCCGACGGUCAGCAGCAGCGAGAGCCCGAGGCCCGAGACCAUCCUUCCGGGUACCCAGCGAACGCAGCGCCAUCGCAAGAAGCACCAGGACGAGCUCGCGUUCCUAAAGCGCAAGGUACACGAGCUCUCGGAGCAUCUCCGCGUGCUGCAACAAGUCAAGGAGCUCGAGGCUGGCAACACGCCGCAGAGCGAGUGGAAGACGCUAGCACAACUCGCACGGCAGCGACAGCACGAUGUCAUGACGGAGAAUCGGCGGCUCAAGGCCGCAAUCGAGGAGCAGGUCAAGUUUGCCGAGUACCUCGUCACGAUCCUUGAAAAGAAGCCGCGACUUGGCCUCCUCUCGGUCGACGCAAACGACCAAUGGCAGCUGCUCAAGCUUGUAGCAGACCCGACAGCCCGCGCGUCGGCCUUCCAUGCGAUCGUCGACCGCGAGUAUGCCAAGCUCGACACGGUCAUGAUCGAAGGCGGGCUCAUCGACCUCCACGAGGAGACGCACUCGUAUGUCCCCAAGCUCGUAAACGGCGCCCUCGAAGUACAAGUCUCCGUCUUCAUCCUCUACGGCGUACACUUCAACUUGCUCGCCGAAGCUUCGUGGCAGGUGCUCCGCGGGUCCGUCGAGCUCGAGACGACGACAGGCACCCACGUCUCGUACCAGCAACUGCACCAAGUCGACCCGUCGACGGUGUACAUCUCGUCCAUGUGGUACCACUCCAACGGCGGGUACCAAGGACGCAUGAUCGUCAAGCGCUACAUUGAAGCGCACCGCCAGGUCAUCAUCAGCCGCUCCAUCCACGAAGACGAGCUCCACCCGCUCGUUGACGGCUGCGCGAUCGCCAACGAGGUGUCGUGGGUCGCCUUUGACUGCGAUCCGACAACGGGCCUCGCCCGGGCGCGGUACUUUCAGCGCAUGAAGCCCACGUACUUUGUCGACGAGCAAAACGACCGCAGCCACCUCGCCCUCUGCCAGUUUCUCAUGGAGCUCUGCGAGCAAAGCUCCAUGACAUUCGAGCACACGAUCAAGUCGCAGCUCUAUCGGCUCCUCUCGAAACCUCUGCCACCCAAGACGCGACCCUAAUGCGUCCAACAACUUGUCCAACUACACUAUCUACUAGCAAUCGAUCUACUAACAUUUUUGCCCGCGA